AUGGAGGCCCACAACGUGUCUGCCCCAUUCAACUUCACCCUGCCACCCAACUUUGGCAAGCGCCCCACAGACCUGGCACUGAGCGUCAUCCUGGUGUUCAUGUUGUUCUUCAUCAUGCUCUCGCUGGGCUGCACCAUGGAGUUCAGCAAGAUCAAGGCUCACUUAUGGAAGCCUAAAGGGCUGGCCAUCGCCCUGGUGGCACAGUAUGGCAUCAUGCCCCUCACGGCCUUUGUGCUGGGCAAGGUCUUCCGGCUGAAGAACAUUGAGGCACUGGCCAUCUUGGUCUGUGGCUGCUCGCCUGGAGGGAACCUGUCCAAUGUCUUCAGUCUGGCCAUGAAGGGGGACAUGAACCUCAGCAUUGUGAUGACCACCUGCUCCACCUUCUGUGCCCUUGGCAUGAUGCCUCUCCUUCUGUACAUCUACUCCAGGGGGAUCUAUGAUGGGGACCUGAAGGACAAGGUGCCCUAUAAAGGCAUCGUGAUAUCACUGGUCCUGGUUCUCAUUCCUUGCACCAUAGGCAUCGUCCUCAAAUCCAAACGGCCACAAUACAUGCGCUAUGUCAUCAAGGGAGGGAUGAUCAUCAUUCUCUUGUGCAGUGUGGCCGUCACAGUUCUCUCUGCCAUCAAUGUGGGGAAGAGCAUCAUGUUUGCCAUGACACCACUCUUGAUUGCCACCUCCUCUCUGAUGCCUUUUAUUGGCUUUCUACUGGGUUAUGUUCUCUCUGCUCUCUUCUGCCUCAAUGGACGGUGCAGACGCACUGUCAGCAUGGAGACCGGAUGCCAAAAUGUCCAACUCUGUUCCACCAUCCUCAAUGUGGCCUUUCCACCUGAAGUCAUUGGACCACUUUUCUUCUUUCCCCUCCUCUACAUGAUUUUCCAGCUUGGAGAAGGGCUUCUCCUCAUUGCCAUGUUUUGGUGCUAUGAGAAAUUCAAGACUCCCAAGGAUAAAACAAAAAUGACCUACACAGCUGCCACAACUGAAGAAACAAUUCCAGGAGCUCUGGGAAAUGGCACCUACAAAGGGGAGGACUGCUCCCCUUGCACAGCCUAGCCCUUCCCCUGGUGGCCUGGGUUCUGGUCCCAAAGCAAUUCUGAAAGCCAGUGUGGUAAACUAGAGAGAGCAGCAAAAACACCAGUCUUGCCUGAGUCUUUCUCCAGCAUUUCCAGUACAUCUAUCAGAAUCAUCAAGUCUUGGCCGGGAACACAGACAGGGUGUCUACCCAAGAAGCCUCACCUAUCCCCAACUUAGAAUUUGCUACUUAUUUUAAAGACUUGUUCAGUGACUGUAAACUCUAUAAAACCAGAAACCGAA